AUGGAAGCAAUUCAUACAAUAGAGAAGAAAAUGGAUGCUCGUUUUUAUGCUUAUGUUAAGAAUAUUCAAAGUUCAUUUGAUAUUAAUCUAUUAUCAUUAACAAUUGACGAAACUGAACAAUUCGGAAUACUUUGUUCAAUUGACGGGCAAACAUGUCAACUUGCAUUUCGUGUUAAUAAUGAAAAUACAAAUACAAGUAGUCAUAGUUCAAAAUCUUAUUUUAUUGAUUAA